CUAAAUUUCCGUCGGGCUGAUUGCAGGUAGAUGCAGGCAUUUCGGUCAUACAUGCACACUCUCUACGAAUGUGAUGAUCCAAUGAAGAGCAUCGAGAAAGAAGGGAGUCGAUUGAACCACCGGAAGGACUCUCUUCCUGCCCAGGAUGUCUGUGACGUAACUCCGUGCGAGGACAGAGCCCUCACCGUUACUGGAGUCGGCUACCCUUUCGCUGUGGUCCUUAGGCUAAGAGUGCUACAGAUAGUGUGCGGAAUCUCUGCCCUGGUCAUGGGAGCGGUGGCUUUCAUAGAAGAGCGGGGAAGACUUCACCUAGGACUGGGCAUGCCAGCUGGAGUUUUGACAGUAGCAGCUGCUGCCAUGAGUAUCCACACGAGUAGGGGUUUCAGUGGAUACACUUCACCGUCAUGCGUUCCUCCCCUGAGCCUCUUCAGGUUCCUCGGACCCUCGGUCCGCGUGGCCGUCCCCCUGACUCUACUGUGGACGUCCUCCGUGGCCCUGCACCUGGUGGUCUUCGCCUUCUGUCUGGGCUCGCUCUUCGUCAGCUCACAGACUACAGUGAUCGCCUCGGUGCUCAUGCUGAUAUCCGUGCUGAGCCUGACAGCUAUUGCAUUGGUGUUGAGGAUAGAUUGUCGCUACGACCCGGACUGACCGGGGAUGGCCUCGGAUGCCGGACACACAGUCCCGGCCAUCAGCGUAGUCGGCCUGGGUCCUGACCGGCCUGGCAGAGUGGCCUGGCAGGUCUGAGAAGAAGAGGGAUGGGGGAGAACAGGGUAUUUGAACCAAAACUUUGAUAACACACUAAUCUAACACCAUGCUGAGCUCAGCUGCUCUUAAGUGACACUACCUUAUAUUAAACCAUGGUAUAAUGCAAUGAAUAAUACAAUUUUUUUCUAUGUUGAACGCCCUUAUAAACAUACACAAAAAGAAGUAUGUUCUUAGAAAUAUACCAGUUAAUAGAAAAAUCGGAAUUAAAUCAAGGUCGAUUUAUUCAUGGUAUUGAAUUUAAGAUUUAUUUUUAAUGAUUUCUAAUAAAAUGUAAUCCUGUCAUAAAAAAUGCUUUUGAAAUAAAACAAGUAAUCUCUACUUAACGCAUGAGUUAAAUUCUCACAGAUCUUGGAGAGAAUAAACUUGAGCAGAAAACUAAUAAAAUAACAGGAAAAACUAAACGAGUACAUUGAUCAAUAUGCAUACCUGAACAAUCUAUAUUGAAAAUUACAGAGCUAGAACACUUGUUUAUUUAGAAUGUGUAUAACAGAAAAAUAAAGGAAUUAAAUGACAGUCCUUUGAAUAUUUCUUUUACUCAAGGGAAGAACUAUUAUUGCAAAGUUCCCUUUCCCAAGUGAUAAAGAGAAAAAGAGGUUCAUUAUUUUACCAUCAACUCAUCUUGAGUCUUGAAUGCUAAUGUACCAAACACAUUAAAAUAAAAAAUGGAAUGUUUUGUUUUACGAGAAAUCAUUGAGGAUGAUAUUACACAUUUCAUCCAUAAGGAGAAAUCAUAAACAGGCAUAAAUAUCUACUUGUGAAAAAUAGGGGUUUUAUGCUUGUAAACAUAUCUUUUGAGGGUACGUUAAAGGCUUUGCAUAUAGCGAUUUUUUACUGUAAUAAUGUGCUAAUAUAGGAAAAUCAGAUGAAUGGGUAAACCUAAGAAAAUGUACAUAACUCUAUUUUUACUAUCACAUUUAGAAUCUAUUAACUUUCUAUGUAUCUCAUCUUGUUUAAA